UUCCAAUGCAAACAAACCCUAGAUCAGAGGCAAUUGAUCAUCAACAGCUCUAUGGUCAUAUGCACCUCGGAUUCAAAGAGCUAGCUGGCGUGAUUCAUUAUUUACUGGAAUAACGUGUGUUAUCGUCCCUGUCAGUCCAGUGACAUUGUCAUAUUUUGAGGUCGCGACGGGCACUAUGGUAUUGUUCGAAAAGGCCUGUCAUAGAGAAAGCAAAAACUCACACCAUGACUUACAAUUACUAGGUGGAAUAGAGCGGAGGGAAGGCAGCUAGUGCGACCUACCAAACAGCCUCGACCGUGUGGGGCAUUUCGGUCCAAGCCAUCGAUCAUUCAAUAUGUCGACUAGGUCCAACAUGAUAUCCCUCCACGAUAUCAUACACCAUCAUCGCAAGCUUUUGGUGAACCCAUUGCUCUGGACCUCUCGCCACCUAGACGCGCUCAGAUGUCGGUUCCAGCACAUUGGCGACGCCCCGACAGACGACAAGGCACUUCGACAGAGCAACGAUAAGCAAUCCUCUCCUACUAAACAACAAAGCAGAAUGGGUGGUGCGGAGAUGCUUGCCAACAGUGCUGUGCCUUCUGUGAAAUACCACAUCAUGUGUCGCUUCCUGCUACAUCAGGGAAGCCUCUUUAAUAAGCAUAGGUGGGGACAUACUGUGGAUAUGCUCUAUCGAGAUCAUUUACACCUUGUGGUGAUAGUAAAGGACCCGAAUUCUUUUUCGCUGGCAAACCCGUUCAUACCACACUACACCGUGUUCUAUCGUCGUAAUCGGCCAAGCCAGCCUAGUCAAAGCUUUCAACCCUUGAUCGGUUAUCUUGACUACGUAGAUGUCACUGGUUUUCGCAUGAAGAAGCUUGCACCUUGCACGCAUCUGGGCAAGGGCCAUAAUGCUUUUAACACACGCCUCUAUCUUCAGGAGCGUGUUCUCAAAAGUUCACCCGCAACAAGCCAUACUUCACGCCUUCUUGUAGUGAAUAGGGAUGAUUUUGACUUUGCAUAUCUGUAUGAGGGCAAUUUCACAUGCGAGUUCCUCAAAAUGCUUGACAGCCCUAUGGCUGCCACUUGUAUCAAUGCUCCGGUAAUCCAUUGUUUGGAGACUUUCCAGAGCGACUACGAGCUGAGAUUUUUGCUCCCAAUUCAGAGAGUUUGA